GUCUUAAAUCACACUUUUUUCCACGUUAUAUAUUCUCUUUUUCUUAUCUUGUGUUAUCUUAUCUGGGCAGCUACACCACCAAAUGGAAACUUGCACAUACAUUGAUGCCAAGUUACUGAAAGCCGCAGAAGAAGGCAAAUUUGAACGAUUGAAAGAUUACCCAGAAUCUCUCGAUAGCCUACUUUCCCCAAAUGAAAACACAGUAUUGCAUAUCUACCUUAGCACUCUAAGUGAAAGAUCCACCAAGUUUAUAACGGAGGUACUUAGCAUUUGUCCGCCGCUGUUAUGGAAGGUCAAUGUCCACGGUGAUACUCCGUUGCACAUUGCAGCAAGGUACGGGCAUGCUGAUGCUGCAAAAGAGCUAAUCAAACAGGCAAAGGCUUACGGGCAUGCUGAUGCUGCAAAAGAGCUAAUCAAACAGGCAAAGGCUUCAACACACAAUGAAAUAGAUUUAGAGAGCCGAGAAGGGCCAAGAGAGAGUAUCGAACAGGCAAAGGCUUCAACACAAAAUGAAAUAGAUUUAGAGAGCCAAGAAGGGCCAGGAGAGAGGGAAAUGGCAGCAGUAAGGAAGAUGUUAAGGAUGACAAAUGAAAAUAAAGAAACGGCCUUGCAUGAGGCGGCACGAAAUGAUAGAAGUCUGGGUGUUGUGGAAGCAAUAAUGAGUAAUGAAGAUCCAAGAGAGUUUACAUAUUCUGCCAAUAAUCGUGGGGAAACUCCGCUUUACCUAGCUGUUAAAAAUAGAAACAUGGAGAUAGUUAUUGGACUAUUAAUUCAUCGCGAUUCAGAAUGCCUGGCUUAUGGCGGUCCCAAUGGUAAAACGGCAUUACAUGAGGCAACAGUGCUGAACUUCGAAGAUGACGACUUCACAAAUAAAGGGCUGAGGGAGCGACUAUGGGAGAAAUUCAAAUCCUCAUCGGGCAAAGCAAAUGUCAAGGCUAAUGCUCAAUCGCAAAUUGAACGUCUUAUACAAUUCAUGCUAAUUUCUGAAAUGAGAAGGUUGACCACAGAAACGGAUGAAAAAGGAUGGACUCCACUUCACUAUGCUGCGUACACAAGAAAACAGUCAGCGGUCGAGUUCCUAUUAGACAAUGAUAUAUCUAGCGCCUAUAUUGCUGAUAAAGAUUGGAAGAGGACUGCUCUUCACAUUGCAGCCUGUCGAGGCUUCCAAUGCGGAAUGGAAAAAAUCAUUUCAGUAUGUCCAACUUGCUGCGAAAUUACUGAUAUUAGAGGCUGGAAUGUUAUUCAUUAUGCAGUGAUCAGUAAAAAUGAUAAAGUACUAAAAGCAGUGCUCCAAAAAUCAUCAUUGAUUCAUCUUUUAAAUGAGAAAGAUGUUAAAGGAAAUACGCCUGUCCAUUUAUAUAAGGCUUGUCAUCCUCGUUUGCCUUCUUUCAUGCAACAAGGAGAUACUGAUAUGUUCAAGCAUUGGAGAACAUUGCACGAACAAAUUCAAAAUGAAAGAGACUUUCCGUUAAAAAAGAAUGAAAUUUUAGCGUGGAUGAAAGAUCUUGGCACUGGACCAUUGGGGAAAAUUGAAAUGCAAAACAUAGAAGGGUCAAAGACAAAAGAAAAUAUGAUACUUAAAUUUGAAAAAGUUAAAGACUCUCAUUUGGUAGCUGCAGCACUUAUAGCAACAGUAACGUUUGCAGCAAUGUUCACCGUACCUGGAGGUUAUGUAAGUGAUGAAAACAAUUUAAAGAAGGGGACUCCUAUCUUAAGUGGAAAUUCAGCUUUUACAGCAUUUAUGAUAUCAGACACUAUAGCUAUGGUUUUAUCUACUUCUUGUGUCUUUAUCCACUUUAUACUGGUGAUGUUAGGAUAUCUGGAAAGAUACUAUUGGUUAAUAAGAUGUGCCUUCAGCUUCCUCUUCUACGCUAUGUUAGCAAUGGUGAUUACAUUUGUGACAGGCGCUUAUGCAGUUCUAGCACCUUCCAUUGGAUAUGCCAUUUGUGUCAUUGGAUUGAGCUUCUCCUACUUCAUAUUUUACUCGAUCAUGAGGGUAACAUGGAGUUUAUUUCUUUCGGCGGAUGAUGAUGAAGAAGAAGUUAAUCAGUAUAAACAUCAAAUAAAAACUUUCUCGUGGCUGACUGGUGGAAUUUUUUGGUUGAGUUUCUUGUCCAUUGCCCUUUAUUUGAAGCUUCAACGUAUGUGUAAAUGGUUUAGCAAGUGGCGGAAGAAGUGAGUCAACCGAUUCAUCAGGUGUGAAGAUGCCAAGAGCAAGAGACACUUGCUUGCUAUUACUUCAAGUAUAUAUUUAUUAAGAUUGGAAUUUAUAUUUACUAUAAAUAAAUAAUUAAUUGUAUAAUAGACAACAAUAGAUUUUUUAAGCCUGUAGACAGUGACAUUAUCAGUGGGUAAGCAACUUGGUUUAGUGUUCUCACAGCCUGAUGAUGUUGUGGUUAAUUUCUUGGUCAAGCAAAUCAAUUCUGAUAUGUUGGCUUUCA